AUGUCGAAACACUCCUCCACUGAAGACGUCGAGAUGCCUGGACAGAAGGCAGAGGCCAACGUCAGCGACUACCCCGAGACGCCCGAGGAGGACGUCUUUGUCGACGCCGAUGUCGGCCCUGACUUUCACGGUCUUAGCUGGCAAGGCGCCGCCGUCCUGAUCUGCAAGUCGCAGUUCGGCCUCGGUGUACUGGGCAUCCCUGGCACCUUUGCCACCCUCGGCAUUGUGCCUGGCCUCAUCUCGCUCCUCAUCAUCAGCGCCAUCACCACCUUUGCUGGCCUGGAGAUGGGACGGUUCAGACAGGCCCACCGCACCGUGCACAGCAUCGGCGACGCCGGUCAGCUCAUCUUUGGACCCAUGGGCCGUGAGGUCCUGGGCUUCUUCUACUGGCUCUACAAUGCCCUCAUCAUUGGCGCGGCCAUGGUCACCUUCUCCAUCGCCCUCAACACGCUCACUGACCAUGCUGCCUGCUCCAUCGUCUGGAUGACUGUUGCUGCUGCCAUCACCAUCGUCGUGUGCACCAUCUGCCGCACCAUGAAGUACGUCGCCCCCUUUGGCUGGCUCGGCAUGGGCUGCCUCUUUGUCGCCGUCUGGUUGACGGCCAUUGCGUGCCUGGCCCAGAGCCGGCCUCACAAGGCGCCGUCGCAGGGACCCUACGACCUCGGCUUCCAAGCAUUUGCCACGCCCUCGUUUGGCGACGCCAUGAAUGCCGUCGCCACCCACGUCCUCUCGCUGGCCGGCACGGCCACCUUCAUCCCCAUCCACGCGGAGAUGCGGCGGACAUCCGACUACCGCAAGGCCCUGUGGGCCGGACAGGGCUUCGUCGUCAUCAACUACACGCUCGUGGGCAUCGUCAUCUACGCCAAGGUGGGCCAGUACGUGGCCUCGCCCGCGAUUGGAAGUGCAGGACCGACGGUGGAAAAGAUCGGCUACGGCAUCGCCCUCGUGGGUCUGAUGGUCUCGUGCCUGUUCGAGGCCCACAUCUCGGCAAAGUACUCGUUUGUCCGUAUUCUCAGGGGCACUCGCCACCUACAGGAGGGCACAAUGGUCCACUGGCUCGUCUGGUUCUUUUCCAUUCUCGUCGCCGUCAUUGUGGGCUUCCUCAUCGCCGCGGGUGUGCCCUUCUUCGGCGACCUUCUCGGCCUCCUCGGCUCGCUCUUUGGUGUGCUUUGGGCCAUGGUCGUCCCUGGCAUGACCUACCUCUACGACCGCGACGCUCUGCGUCGCGUGCCCAGGACGUGGCGCGAGAUCCUCAUUGCCCUCAUGAUGCUCUCUGGCUUCUUUGUCAUUGUCGGCGGCACCUAUGGCUCGGUUAGUGCCAUCAAGGCCGACUACGACACAGGAUCGCUCAAGAGCGCCUUUGUCUGCUAG